ACAAUACAUUUUUUGGAUGCUUGUUAAGUCUGGAAAAAGCAAAACUCAAGCCCAAGAUUACUUAAAGGGUACCCAAACACGAGAAAAAAAUGAGUUACUUAGCCAGCAAUUUGGAAUUGAGUACAAUUCAUUACCUGUAAUCUUCCGCCUGGGGUCUUCCGUUUUCCGCCUAAAGACGCAGGAAGGUGUUGCAGAGGAGAAUGGAGAAGUUUCAGGAAAGCAAGUGGAAGCAGAAGUGGUUGUAGACUACUCUAACAUUAUCGACCAAUGUUUCUGGCAACAACAUCCUCACAUUCUUAGCUGCUCCUAACACAAAGGUAUUCAUUGCUACCAAAAAAUCCAAAACGAUAACCGAAUGAGCUCUUAUUUUGAUAAACCAGAACUGAAUUAAUGAAUUACAAAAAAAUUGAACCGGAUGGUUUAUUUUUCUACUUUCACUAUUUUUUUUCCAUUAUUUAAAAUUUUAACUUAUUUUAAUUUGGCAGCUAAUUUUCCUUUUGACUGGUAAGGAGGAGAAAUAUUUAGUGCUUUUCUUUUUUUUUGGUAAAGUAAGAUUCGUCAAAAUAGAUUGACUAAAAUGAUAAAAGGGGUAAAUAAAAUCUCUUCAAAAAAUUUUGACUGAUAUCCGUCCAAUUAAGGUAAGUUCGUGAAUUUGCAUACCAAAUAUUUGGAUAUGAUGAUACUGCUUCUUCUUGUGUAGACUUUGACCCAUAAACCUCAAAAUAUUCUUUGAAUUCUGGCACCUUAAUAAAAACUUUGACCCAAAAUGAGAGAUUGGGUUCUUGCCUAGUGAAUGAUUAAAAUCUCAUUCCAAGUACAACAAUAUUUUAAUUAAUUAUCCUCUUUUUUUUUAGUUAAUUUGUAUUUAUAACACCUAGGUAGAUUUUCUCUAUUCAUUUAAAGAAAGUUGGUAAAUUACAGCCAUAAUUAGUAGCAGAAUCAAAGAGAUUUUAAUUAUUAAGAAACUUUUGAAAUAUACAAUUAAUAUUUGAUUUCUUUCGUUCCUUUUUCACCAUUUUAAAUUAAUUAAAUAAAAAUAAGCGUUACCUCCGUCGACGAUCAGACGAUUCUGCCAUAGUGCCAUUGUUAUACCUUUGGCUUAGCUCGUAACGUUUCUCUCUCUCUCUGUCUCUCCCUCCCGUUCCACACUACAUUCGCCGUCCGUCAGAAUCUUCGAAUUUACCAAUUCCGCCACUCACUCCUCCUCGAUCACUGUCGUGAAAUGGAGCUGAAGCCGGAGGUUCAAUCUGGAGAGGAAUUUGUCCACAUCGAUGACCCAAAACCUUGCAGAGAUUUUUUGUUAAGCGAAAACAUAGUGAAUGUGGAGGAGGAGCUUCUCAGGGAGGAAGAAGAUAGCAACGCUAGUUCAGUGAUUACUGGUGACGAUUCGAUCGGUGAAAGUGGUGAUGAUGAUAUCUGUGGUGUAGCGGAUUAUGUUGAGUGUGCGUUUGAGACGAAGACGGAGAAGUUGGAGCUGCCUGAGGAAUUUGCGAAAAGCGUUAUGGUUCUAACGUGUGAGUCCACAGUUGAAGGUGGAUCUUGUGAUGUUUACUUGGUUGGCACUGCUCAUGUAAUCCAGGAAUCAUGUCGAGAAGUUGAAACUGUAAUCAGAUCCUUGAAACCGCAGGCUGUCUUUGUGGAGUUGUGUACAAGUCGAUUGUCUAUUCUCACACCUCAGACUCUGAAGGAACCAACUUGGAUGGAAAUGAUAGACAUGUGGAAGAAGAACCACAACCUAUUUGAAAUACUUUACGGAUAUAUUCUUGCAAAGGCCGCCAAGAAGCUUGAAGUUUUUCCUGGUGCUGAAUUUCGUGUGGCAUUUGAAGAGGCAAACAAAUAUGGUGGCGCAGUGUUUCCUGGCGAUCGUCCAGUACAGAUCACGCUACAGAGAACAUGGGGUAAAAUGCCUCUAUGGCACAAAAUAAAACUAGUGUACAGCAUAGUGUCUCAAGCUGUCUUUCUGCCGAAGCCUAAGGAACUUGAGAAGAUGCUGAAAGACAUGAGCGAUGCUGAUAUGCUGACAUUGGUGAUUCAAGAAAUGAGCAAGGAAUUUCCGUCUCUCAUGGAGACACUUGUGCAUGAGCGAGAUAAGUACAUGGCAUAUUAUUUGUUGAGACUUGCAAGUGAGCAUAGUUCAGUCGUGGCAGUUGUCGGUAGAGGGCAUCUUCAAGGGAUCAAGAAGAAUUGGAACCAACCUAUAAACAUAAAGGAACUAUUGGAGUUACCGACAAAUGAAUCGAUUUUUACUGUAAAGAAUAUUCUGAAAUAUCUGGUGGUUGCAGUCGCCGGGACAGCCAUAGUUUCCGGCAUGUAUCUUGCUAAGUAAAUUAAUCUCAAGGUGGAGUGAGUUUCUCAUGAGGAGAAUAAAACGUAGGCGAUAUAACAGAUGAUGACAUAAACUUCAAUAACCGUUAUAAACUUAUGCUGUCAUGAUCUUAUUUAUUUUUGGUUUUAGGAUGAAUAAUUUCGUAAGAACUAUACAAAUCAAUUCUUUUCCCUUCCAUGUGUCAAUUCAACUACUAAUUCCAUUUUUUUUAAGCUUUGAAUCA